AUGUUCAACCUGGUCUUCAUCACUUUGCUCCUGGGCUUUGUUUCUGUCUUUGGGGUCGCUUUCCAGGUCUCUCUCCAGUACAACAAGAAUGGCGUCUGGGCACAUACAUGUGGCGGGACCCUCAUUGGGUCCAGCUGGGUUCUGACGGCUGCCCAUUGCAUCAGCUCCAGCCGGACUUAUCGUGUCUUUCUGGGAAAACAAAACCUAAAAGAAGAGGAGGCCGGUUCUGUGGCCGUUGAUGUGGAGAAGAUGAUCGUCCAUGAGAAAUGGAACGCCUUGCUGAUCAGCAACGACAUCGCCCUGAUCAAACUGGCGGAGCCCGUGGAGUUCACCGAUACGAUCCAGCCCUCCUGCCUGCCUCCCCCCGAAAAAGUUCUGGCCCAGAACUAUCCCUGCUACGUCACCGGAUGGGGACGCCUCUGGACUGGUGGUCCCAUCGCUGACAACCUUCAACAGGCCUUGCUGCCCGUGGUGGAUCACCAGACCUGCACCCAACGGGACUGGUGGGGUUCUAUGGUCAAGACUACCAUGUUGUGUGCGGGAGGAGACGGCGUCGUUUCAGGGUGCAAUGGAGAUUCUGGAGGUCCCCUGAACUGCCAAAAUGGCGACGAUUGGGAGGUCCAUGGCAUCGUGAGCUUUGGAUCAACUUGGGCCUGCAAUUCCGCGAAGAAGCCGACCGUUUUCACCCGGGUGUCCUCUUACAUCUCUUGGAUCAAGGAGAAAAUAAGCGAGAACUGAGGAUUCCGCCCCG